AUGUCAUCGAUCAAGACUGUGUUCGUCUGUGGCGCCACGGGAACCCAGGGGGGAGCGCUUACCCGGCAGCUCCUCCCCAAGCGCGUCGUGGUGCACGCCAUGACGCAGAACCCGUCGUCGGCGGCCACCAAGGAGCUCGAGUCCCUGGGAGUCAAGCUGUUCCGGGGCAGCUUCGACGAGGAGCAAGUCAUCGAGCGCGCCGUGCAGGGCGUCGACGCCAUCUUUCUCAACUUGAUGCUGGACCUCAGCAACCCACACGGCGACCCGGGGCUGCGGCACAUCGUCUACAGCAGCGGGCUUGCCACCGACAGGCUGCAGGCGCUGCUGCUGGGCCAGCCGCUCGCCGAGGGGAGCCCCCUGGUCGCGAGCGGCUUCUUCAACGUCAAGGUGGACAUUGAAGAUGCGGUGGCGGCGGCCGGGUUCGACGCGUGGGCCGUGAUCCGGCCGGCCUUCUUCAUGGCCGACUUUGUGCUGCCCAAGGUGGCCAUGUACCCGGGGCUGGCCAAGACGGGCAGGGCCAACACGGCGUGGCGGCACGACACGGUGCUCCCGCUCGUGGACGACGAGACGAUUGGCGUGUUUGCCGCGGCCGCCGUGCUGGAGCCCCAGAGGUUUGACGGCAAGAAGUUGGACGUCGCCGACGAGCUGCGCACCCUGGAUGAGUGCCUGGGCAUGCUGGGGGACGCGGCGGGCAGGGACCUGAGGCUGGUGGAGCUGACGGACGACGAGGUCGAGGCCCGAUCAAGUACCAACCUGUUUACGGCCGGGGAGGUGCUCACGAGAAGGCUGGCCGAGUGUCUCGACCUGGACGCCGUGAAGCGGUUGGGGCUGCCGCUGAGCAGCUUCGACAAGUUUUUGCAGAGGGAGAGGGAUGCCAUCUUGGCUACUUACAAGGACGCGCCGCCAAAGGCCUAG